AUGUUACGUCAGGAACUGAGACUCAAGAUAAGUAGUUCUACCUUCUGGUCAGACAGCAUGGUUGUUCUUCACUACAUUAAAAGUGAUUCACACCGCUUCCAUACAUUUGUGGCAAACAGGAUAGCUGUUAUUCAUGAAGGAUCCACGGCUGAUGACUGGCGUUAUGUUGAAUCCAAACUUAACCCUGCAGAUGAUGCAUCCCGAGGUCUUAAUGCAGAUGAGAUGAUUUCGCAAGAAAGAUGGAUGAAAGGGCCAGACUUCCUCUGGUUGGAUGAAUCUGCAUGGCCGACUAUUCCAGAAGCAUUUGAGUUGCCAGAAAGAGAUGUGGAAAUAAAGAGACCCAAAGUGUACUUUGUUCAAGGUGAUGUCAAACAUGGAUGUACUAACAGGUUACUGGAACGGUACUCUUCAUGGUACAAGUUAAAGAGAGCUGUAGCUUGGAUCUUGCGACUGAAACAGUGCCUAUUGAUAAGGUAUAGAAAUCUGAAAUCUGAUCAAAGAGUUCAAAAGAAUUCACUAACUGUUGAAGAAAUCAGAACUGCUGAGUAUGAGGUGGUGAAGUUUCUUCAAAGAUGUCAUUUCUCUGAUGAGAUCAAUGAUCUUACAGGAGGUCACCCUGUGAAGAAAACUAGCUCAAUUUACAGACUCGAACCUGUGAUGAACUCUCACGGAAUCGUGUGUGCUGGAGGCCGUCUCAAGUACGCCGAAAUACCAGAACAGGCUAAGCAUCAGAUGAUUCUCCCUAAAGCACAUCAUGUUGCCAGGCUGAUUGACAUCACUAUCAUGAGCUUCUUGGCCAUUCCGAGGGAACAUGUCUUAUCUCACAUGAGACAAAGGUUCUGGAUUAUCAGUGCUCGUACGACAAUAAAUGAGAUUCUGAGAAACUGUGUACAUUGCAAGCGUGUUCAAGGUCUGAAAAAUAUCCAAAGAAUGGCUGACCUUCCAUCUGAUAGGGUUACUGCAGGGCACCCCCCAUUUACCUAUGUCGGCGUGGACUGCUUCGGGCCAUUUGAAGUCAAAAGAGGACGGGCUCUAGUGAAACGGUAUGGGUGUCUCUUUACAUGCUUAACCACCAGAGCUAUUCAUAUUGAGAAACUGAAUCAAUGGACACAAACUCUUUCAUAA